AUGGCAGGGAAUCAAGAGCAGCCGCAGUCGGUGCGCUUCAGCGAUGUCCACGAGGAGAUCGAGCCAGAGAAGGCCUUGCAGCAUGUCACGACUCUGUCAGGCGCCGGCGAGGAGCGCGAUGAGGAGCUGUCUCCCGAGGCCGAGCAGGAGCUUCGCAACCUCUCAAAGACACUACAACAAUCACGAUGCCAGGCCCGCCGCAUGGCCAAUUUUGCCUACGAGCCCGUCUCUCUCCCGCCGUCUAGAGCGCCAUCACCCUCACCAGCAACAUCACGCACGCCUUCGGCCACUUCCGCUCACCGGCACUCAUCUGGCACCUCGUCUCAAGACGGAAAGCCUGUCGUUCCGGUUGAGCGUAGGAAGGACCCCGCCAUGAUGACACCCCAAAUCUCGCCGCCCCAGCAUGAACCUCCACCAACUUCGAUGGAUUCUGUGCACGGUGGACAGAAAAGACCUCAAUCGCUCGUGGUCCCUCGUUCGCCAAGAGAACCGUCUGCCCGACCUACAUCAGUAGUAGAGUUGCCGAGUAUCCCUGGUCCUCGGAAAUCUUCUGCAUCUGCAAUAGGUCCCACGGGUGACUCGUUGCCUGCAUCAAGAGAUGUAAGCCCAUCUGGAUCAGCCGGAGGUCCCGGAUCAGGACAUCAUUCGCCCGGGACUUCUACACCGAGCAGUAGGCCGUUCACACCGCAGGGGGACAAGGAUGAUCCGUAUUCACGCUCGAAACGGCUUCCGCCGGCUCACGAUGCUCGUUUUGUGUUUGCACCCAGUGGCCGCAGGACACCGAAAGAAUCGUCACCCUCAUCGUCAACCACCGCGCUCCCGAGGUCCAAAGGAGGUGGCUCUGACAGAGACGAAAGCAAACGCACAAGUUUCUUCGGCGCGCCUAAGCAUCAUGAGCGCCAGGGUUCGGGCACAGAGGAUAGCGAUGGUCGAUCGGUCCUGGGCAAGCAACACCACGAGGGCUCAAUGUCGAAUUUGAAACGCUUUUUCAAGCUAGGUGGCCAUAAGCAUAAAGAGAAGGACAAGGAGAAGAAGCAGAAGCGUGCACAGUCUCCUGCGCCGUCAUUUCGGGAAAAGGCCAUGAAGUCUAAGAAGACCGGAAUGAUGACACCACCAAUUACGAACGGAUCGGUGUCAGUGCCAUUCGCGGAUGAUCACGGGCUCGAAAACAAGUACGGCAAAUUCGGCAAAGUGCUUGGCUCUGGUGCCGGUGGAUCUGUACGUUUGAUGAAGCGUAGUAGCGACGGUGUAACUUUCGCCGUGAAACAAUUUAGAGCAAGACACUCGUAUGAGUCGGAAAGAGAUUACAACAAGAAGGUCACUGCAGAGUUCUGCAUAGGAUCGACUCUGCAUCAUGGCAACAUCAUCGAGACUAUGGAUCUCGUGAACGAGAAAGGAAAUUAUUACGUUGUCAUGGAAUACGCACCGUUCGAUCUCUUCGCCAUCGUCAUGACUGGAAAGAUGAGCCGCGAAGAGGUCAGCUGCUGUACUUUGCAGAUCCUGAACGGAGUGACCUACCUUCAUAGCAUGGGUCUGGCACAUCGAGAUCUAAAGCUGGACAACGUGGUUGUCAACGAGCACGGCAUCAUGAAGAUUAUCGAUUUUGGCAGUGCCGCAGUAUUCCGGUAUCCUUUCGAAAAUGACAUUGUACUCGCAAGCGGUAUCGUUGGCUCAGAUCCUUACUUGGCACCUGAAGUCUAUGAUCUGUCCAAGUAUGAUCCUCAGCCGACCGAUGUCUGGUCGCUUGCAAUCAUAUUUUGCUGCAUGACAUUGCGCCGCUUCCCGUGGAAAGCACCUCGCGUAUCGGACAAUUCAUACAAGCUUUUUAUAUCGCCUCCCAACGAUGGGCCAAGGUCAAUCACCAAUCCUUCCCAAUCAGCCUCAGAUCUAAAUUCUGGAACCAACGAUGAGCGCCGUAAGUCGGGCGUCCAGUCAGAACCUGCGUCUCGUGCACCCUCAGGCCAAUCGAGCGGUCAUCACCAUCACCAUCAGCACCGGAAGGACGGUGGUCAUUCUGAUCCUGUGACAAAUGAGAAUCGCCCCGGCUCGGCAAGUGGCCAAGGCGCUCAGCAGCAACCGCAGGUUAUCAAGGGCCCGUGGCGACUAUUGCGCCUGCUUCCGCGAGAGAGCAGGCACAUUGUUGGCAGGAUGCUAGAAGUCGACCCCAAGAAGCGCGCCACUCUGGAAGAGAUUCUGGAGGAUAAAUGGGUGAAGAACAGCCAAGUGUGUGCGCAGGAGGAGGGUGGAAGGGUGCUCCGUGCGGAAAACCAUCAACAUACGCUUGAGCCUGGUUCGGGGUCUGCCUCUGCCCCCGCAACUCAGCAAAAGAAAUAA